UCCCUCCCGCGGCGCGUCCUCCCGCCCUCGCCUCUCGCCGGCACUCGCCGCCUGCGGGGCUGCCGCCGGGGUGGUGCCAGCAGAGCCGGCCGGCUCCGCUCCUCGGCAUGUGCUGAGCAGGGGCCGCUCCCCGGGGCCGCUCCGCGCCUCGCCCGCCCGCAGCCCGCGCCGCCCCUCGCCUGCUCGGAACGGGUCGCUGGCCGGCGGCGGAGGAGCCCGGCGAGCUGUGUGAAGAAAGUCUUCAGCCAUGGAUGUGUUCAUGAAAGGGCUUUCCAAGGCAAAGGAGGGAGUCGUAGCAGCAGCAGAAAAAACCAAGCAGGGUGUGGCAGAGGCAGCAGGAAAGACGAAAGAGGGAGUCCUCUAUGUGGGUUCCAGGACCAAGGAGGGAGUUGUUCAUGGUGUUACAACAGUGGCCGAGAAGACCAAAGAGCAGGUGUCUAAUGUUGGGGGAGCUGUGGUGACAGGAGUGACAGCAGUGGCGCAAAAGACGGUGGAAGGAGCAGGGAACAUCGCCGCAGCCACUGGCUUGGUGAAGAAGGAUCAGUUGGCCAAACAGAAUGAAGAAGGUUUCCUGCAGGAGGGAAUGGUGAACAAUACAGGUGUUCCUGUGGAUCCUGAGAACGAGGCUUACGAAAUGCCUCCAGAGGAAGAGUAUCAAGACUAUGAACCUGAAGCAUGAGAGUCCUUUCCUCCCUUUCUAUCACCUGAAAUCAACUAACUACUAAAGACGUCCCAUCCUGUACAAGUGCUGAGUUCCAAUGUGCCCAGUCGUUAAAUUUUUUUACAGUUUUUACGGUGUAUUUUGAAGUCUUCCAUCAGCAAUGAUUGGAGUUUCUGUGACUGCAUCCACCUUGUUUCAGCAUUUCCCUCCUGCUGAAAUGAAAGCCGGUUGGCAGGGUCAUUGUUGUGCUGUGGAUAUUGUGGCUUCAAGUUUAAAAGUUAAAAAAGAAAAUAUUACGUAAAAACACCUAAGUGUCUACUGCUUAUUUCUAAUUCUGUACAUGUUUUGUUGAUAGGCUGUCAGUAAUUUGAUAUUGUUUAUGAUACAGUUUUUAUUUGUUUCCUAUGACUAUUCUUUCUGUGCAGAGAUGACUUAUUGUGAGAGCUUUAUAUAUAUGUGUAUGUAUUAUACAUAUAAAAAAAGUAAUUGAGCAUGAACUAUGCACCUAUAAAUAUUAGCUGUUGAAAUUUUAUUGUUUUGUGAUGUGUUUUAUUAACUUGUGUCUGUAAAUAAUGGUGUUCAACUGAAGCAAAUAAAACAUAACCCAUUAAAAAUUAA